UCUACAUUAACUGCUUCUUCUCUAUAAAUACUUAAUAAAACAAUCAUCAGAUUUUCGUAGGGGCUAUGCCCCCCCCCCCCUUGGCUACGCCCCUGAUCUCAAAGUGUAGUCAUUUUAUUGGCAAUUUUCCAUUACAGGCUUGGUGUUAUUAUUGAAUAAAAUUUCUAGGAAGGCGUUUAUUUAAAUUGUGAUGCCUUUAUUAAAUAGAAUAUUCUUCUAGGAAAUCAUUUAAGCAUGAUAUAGCGUGAACAUCUGGAACAUCUUCCAGGAAUCACCUGGAAGCUAAGAUCUUAUAAAAUUCAUCAGAAAUGAGACUGUUAAGCCCCAAAAAUUUACUUUUGAAAUUCUCAAUCUCAGAACUCAAUCUCUCUUACUCAAAAACGUUUCUUCAUGAAAAUCGUUUAAAAUUUCGGAUUCAUCCAAAAAUGGCUCAAAUAGAAAAUCUUCCACUGAUUGUUCUAGAAAAUAUAUUUUGUUAUGUCCCAAACAGGUUAGAGCUUCGGCUUGUUUGCAGUACAUUCAGCAACAUAAUAGAUAACUCUGGACCACUGCUGCAAAAGUACAUCCUAAAUGUAUCAAAAAUUUCAUAUAAACAAUCAACUUUUCAGCUACGCAUACGUAAGUUGAUGUUUGAGCGUUUAGGUCAGCAAGAGUUUAAUUGGAUCCAGAAUUAUGAACCCAAAGGCAACAUUAUUUGGAUGAAAUUCGAUGUUGGAAAUAAGGAGCUCGAAAAGUCAGCUGAAUUUUUGCAAUAUAUUUUAUCAAACUUCAAGUCUGUGAGAGAAUUCUUUAUCAGGAUUUAUGAUGCUGACAAUUCAAAUUUCAAUCCCAUCCAUCAUUUGAAGAAGAUGAUUUCUAAUUGGCUCCCAAGUCCUUACAAGAAGCCCUGCAAGAAGCUUUAUCCCGUGGAAUCAUCAAAAUUGAAGUCAAUUACUCUUUGUGGCAUGCAUUCAAUUAAUGAUAUUAUGAACAUGUUCUCAGACAUCCCGACCAUCAAGAUUCUAGAAAUAUGCAACCACACACCGCCAUUACGAUUUCCUGGUCAAGUUGCUUGGAAUCUUGAGAAAUUGCAAUUUAAUUAUUUCCAAGACAAUGAAAUUGAAUGUCAACGAAUUUUAGAAUCUCAAAAGCCGAGCCUUAAGAUGAUUGAACUGUUCUCUGAGUCAAUUUGUAACUAUGUCAUGACUAAUCAUCCUGCUAUUGAGAAUCUUUCACUUUAUUGUGGUGUUGAAGAUGUUGAUCAUUUAGAUCCAAAUGGAAACUUGAAAAGCUUAAAAUUAUAUAACAGCGAAGCAAACAAUCGAUGGCUGGAACAUCUGUUAAGGCAUUACAGAUUCAUUAAGUAUCUCAGACUUGAUAAUGAUUCAGAUUUUGAGCUUAAACCUUUCACUAAUAUCUAUUUUGAGAAUCUCACACAUCUAAGUUUGGAUGGAUUGAUUUGUAACUUCUUAAUGUCCGCAAAGAUGCCAAACUUAAAGAAUUUAGAAAUUUCUUGUGCUAGAGCUAGCAAUACAAUUGACUUUUCCAUGAUUCCAUAUCAAAAUUUAGAAAACAUUGAAAAGUUAAGCUUGAAAGAACUUGGUAUGGAUCAGAGACUUGCGAUUACUAUGAAAUGCACAAAAUUACAGCACUUAAAUGUUGGAAGCUUCUUUAAUGUUGAAACUGUAAAUCCAGCAAAAAUUAUUAAUCAAGUCGUUUCUAAAGCACCACAAUUAAAAGUUUUUGGAAUCUUAGAAAGGAUUUUGAAGAAUCAUGAUUUAAAAUAUGAAGAGCUUCUGUCACAAAUGAAAAAUCGGAGACUUAUAGUAAAGGUUUAUAGUCGAUUCGGUGAAAUGGCUAAUGAGAACUGGGAACCUAAUUAUUCAUCAACCAUGGAUAUUGAUUAUUACGAAGAAAACUGA